GAGUGCUGUGGCAGGCAGCGGAGAGGCAAAAUGGCUCUUGCUUUCCUCUUGGCAGCAGUCCUGGGACUUCUUAUUGUCAAGGCUGUUUUGUUUCAGCUGAGAAACCCAAGCUCCCCUCCUUGCAUCGGAGGCUGGAUCCCUUGGUUUGGAGCUGCGUUUCAGUUUGGGAAGGCUCCUCUGGAGUUCAUAGAGCAAGCUAGAAGCAAGCACGGGCCUGUGUUCACAAUAUUUGCUUUGGGAAAGCGGUACACCUUUGUGACCGAGGAAGAAGGAACAGAAGUGUUUUUUAAAUCUGAAGAUUUAAAUUUUGAACAGGCAGUCCAACAAGCUGUCAAGAACGCAGUUUCUGUCCCUGCAGAAGCAUUUUAUCAGAACCAUGGUAAUCUCUACAGCAUGCUGAAGGGUAAAAUGGCUCCUUCUAAUCUGCACAUGUUCACGGGCACUUUGUGUAAGGAGCUAUAUGAGCACAUGACACACCUUGGCACAGAGGGCACAGGUGACCUCAAUGACCUGGUAAGGCAUGUCAUGUAUCCAGCAGUGGUGGACACUCUGUUUGGGAAAGGCAUCUGCCCAACAAGCCAGAGUGAAAUCAAGGAGUUUGAAGAACAUUUUCAGAAGUACGAUGAGGACUUUGAAUAUGCUUCUCAGAUGCCCGAAUGCUUCUUGAGGAACUGGUCUAAAUCCAAAACAUGGCUUCUAAAAUUAUUUGAGAAAGUAGUGUUGGAUGCUGAAAGGACCAACCCUUCAGAGACCACAUCCAAGACAUUACUGCAACAUCUCCUGGAUAACUUGCAAGAAAGACACCUAGCUCCUAAUUACAGUCUUCUAAUGCUCUGGGCUUCCCAAGCAAAUGCUAUCCCUAUUGCCUUUUGGACCCUUGUUUUCAUACUUUCUUAUCCUUCCAUUUACAAGAAAAUCAUGGAAGACCUGACUUCUGUUUUUGGCAAAGCAGGUAAAGAUAAAAUAGAUGUCUCUGAAGAGGACCUUAAGAAGCUCCCUUUUAUGAAAUGGUGCACUUUGGAAGCCAUCAGGCUGAGGUCUCCAGGUGCAAUCACCAAGAAAGUAGUAAACCCAGUAAGAAUUCAGAAUUUCACCAUUCCUGCAGGUGACAUGCUGAUGUUGUCACCAUACUGGUUGCACAGGAAUCCAAAAUACUUUCCUGACCCAGAAAUGUUCAAACCUUUUCUUCCCACAGGAUCGUUGGAAAGAGGCAAAUUUAGAGAAGAAUGCUUUCUUGGACAGCUUUGUGGCAUUCGGAGGAGGGAAGCAUCAGUGUCCAGGAAGGUGGUUUGCCAUCAUGGAAAUCCAGCUGUUCGUUGUGCUAUUCCUGUACAGAUAUGAAUUUGUGCUUUUGGAUGCAGUACCAAAAGAGAGCCCUUUACAUUUGGUGGGGACGCAGCAACCCAUGGCACCAUUCCGGGUCCAGUAUAAAUGCCGGGAAUGACAGCUACUGAGCUGCUUCCUUGCCCUAUGUCUUCAGAUAGGUUCUCUGCCUUAACAGUUCUUAAUUUCAACUUUAAAUGCUGCACAUACUCUGUGUUGUGGUGAGCCAUAGAAGUAUAGUAGUAUCUGUGCUCCUCACCAGGUUACCUACUUAGUAUUUAAAAGUCAAGCUCUCCUGCUGCAUUCACAGAUGGUCCAAAUCUGUGUAUAAACUAAAUUCACUGACCGGACGUUCAGGACAAAAAGCUGCUGUGUUUGGAAAUCUGCAUGGCCUGCUCUGUCUGCAGUUGGUGCAGAUAAAAUGCAUUUGUAAUGGAAAAAUUGCAAGCAGAGGAAACACUGGGGACUUCUUCCACUGGAGCGCCUAAAAUUUCUGCUGGGCUUUAGUUGCUCCACAGGAUUCAGAAUCAGUCCUUGCAUGAAUAUGAAUAAAAGUUGAAUUGUGAUAUUUGGUUUCUAAUGAAAAGUGAUUGCAAGAAAAGCUAUUGCUAUUCAUUAGACUGGUUGUCUAAUAUCUGGAACAUUUUUGCUUUCACUUUAACAUGACUUACUUACAGAAAAUAGUGCACAAAUUAAAAAUAUUUAAACCUAUGAAGAAUACCUAGUAAAAGUUGUUCAAAGAAACUGUCAAGUAAGUUCAGAUACCAACACUUUAACUGCUGUCUGGUUUCAUAUACGGUAAUAGCUCGCAUGUAAUUUUAGU